GGGUUAGCCAUACUUUUUAAUAAUAAUUUCAAUUUCAAGUUACAUAACACCUUUCGCAUUGAACAUGCACUCUUUUUAGACCUUUCCAUUGAAGAUUUUAGAUUGACUCUAAUAAAUUUAUACGGACCAAAUGAUGAUAAUCCAAAAUCUUAUGACACGCUAUUUGAGACUAUAGAACUUAUUGGAAAUCAAAAUUUUAUUAUCUGUGGCGAUUUUAACCUUGUUUUAAACCCAGACUUAGAUUGUAAAAAUUAUAAACACAUAAACAACCCGAAAGCGCGCGAAAAUUUUUUAAAAUGGAUGGAAGUGUAUGAUAUAAGAGAUGUGUUCAGAGAUUUAUAUCCCUCCCUUAUAAGAUAUACUUGGCGUAAAAGAAAUCCUCAAAAACAUGCAAGCCUUGAUUAUUUUUUAACUUCAACCGGCCUCGUACAAUUUUUAUCAAAACAUAAAUUUGAAAACAGCUAUCGGUCUGACCAUUCGGGAAUUGUUUUACAACUUAAAUUUAAAAAGUUUUUAAAAGGAAACGGAAUUUGGAAAUUUAACAAUAGCCUACUUUCUGAU